AUGAUGCUGUGUAGGGUGACUAGGCCCAUUACAUUUAGAGGGUUUGCGACGUUUGGGAGGUUGCAGCAGGCUGUAGAUACCGCUGAGCUGGAUCAGUAUCGAAGUUACUACCUCGGGUUGAAGGAUGUCAUUGGGAAAGUUCCUGAGGAGGUAGCACAGAGGUCACCAUCUUUGGUGGCGCUACACAGGAGACUAGGUCUACCCCGUGAAUUCACUUACUCUACGCUGGCAAGGUGUCUCACAUGCAGAACUUCCGAUCUGCCUGCAAAGAUUAAGAACCCGUUUGUUACUGAGGCUUCUGCGAGGUACUUGGCAGGCACGGCCAAUGUGGUACCGGCAAGCAAGAAGCUGGAUAAUCACGGACUGAACAUCUUUGGUAAGAAUCUGUUGACAUACCACGUUACGCAGUACUUGGUCAAGAGAUAUCCGAGGUUACCUGUGGUGGUGUUGAAUGCUGCCGUUGACUCGUAUUUGUCUCAGCGUGUGCUUGCUUCUAUCGGUAAAUCCUGGGGUAUCGAGAGCGAGGACAGCCCUGUGGUGAAUAGAUACCUCGCCAAUGAGCCAUACGAAAUCACUUUAGGCAAACUACGAUUCUUUAACAACACAUUGAAAAGGGAGGAUGGCUUACAACUGAUUACUUCUAAAAACUUCUCAGAGGAAGCUGCAUAUGCAUUGGCCGUGAGAAGCAUCAUAGCUGCCCUGUGGGCUUCAACUCAGAACACGGCCAAGCCCGAUAGUGCCAUCCAUUUCAUCAAAGACCAUAUAUUGUCAAGAAAGCUUGAUGUCACAAAGAUAUUCCAAUUUGAAAACCCAACAAGAGAACUCGCUGUCCUGUGCCGUAGAGAGAACUUAGACUUACCAGUCUCGAAACUGAUAGCCGAGUCAGGUAGAUUGAGUAAAGCUCCUGUAUUUAUUGUUGGUGUAUUCUCUGGCGAGGAAAAACUCGGCGAAGGUUAUGGAUCUUCAUUGAAGGAAGCCAAGGCCAGAGCUGCAUCAGAUGCAUUACUUAAAUGGUACUGUUACGAACCAACAGAAGAACAAGCUGCUGUGAUAGACCAUGGCGCUGUGAUAGUUUAG